AUGAUGGAUCCAAAAGGUAAAGUACAAAAUGAGGUGCAAUUAUUAAUUGAUGCCAUGGAUUUCCUUCCAAGCAAGUGAGAAUGAGAAAUGGAAAAGUAUGAAAAUUCCCACAAAAGAAGAAAUGGAAAAGGGGAGGUCCAAAAGUAUAUAAUAAAAACAUCAUUUGUACAACUCAAAGAAGUGACUGAUUCCCACUGGCACUCCUACUCUCUCUCUCCCCCUUUUCCCCAAAUACAUGUUCAACAAAGAAAAGAGAAUAAACUUCCCUUUAUCUUUCUCUUCUUAAAAUUCUACUUUGUUAGUUUGUUUCUCUCUCUCUCUCUCUCUCUGUGUGUGUGUUAAAUUGUUAAUGAGAGAAUAGCAAUUAACUGGCAGACAUGAGAAACGCCAUCAGGUGCUGCAUAUCUUGCAUUCUGCCAUGCGGGGCGCUGGACGUGAUUCGGAUAGUGCAUGCCAACGGCCGAGUGGAAGAAAUCAGCGGCAGCGUGAAGGCCGCGGAGAUCAUGAAACUGCACCCAAAACACGUCCUGAAGAAGCCCUCAUCGCCGUCCGGUGAAGGGAUGUGUCCCAAAAUCGUCGUAGUUCCUCCCGACGCACAACUUAAACGCGGCCAUAUUUACUUCCUUAUACCCCUCCCACCGGCGCCCGAAAAAACUCGAACGAGAUCCUCAACGAAAAAGAAAAAGAGAGAAUCCGAAACCAACGGCAAUACAGCGAAGACCGAAGGCAACAUCUCUGUGGCGAAUUUACUCAUUUCCGAUCGUUAUCUGAGUGAAAUUCUGUCGGAGAGAAUCUCGACACAGAAGGAUCGCCGGCGAGGGCGUGUCGGCGUCUGGAGACCCCACCUGGAGAGCAUUUCUGAGAAGCCAAUGGAAGCAUAAUUCACGGCUUAUAAUCCUUUUUCUGGUUCCUUACCAUCUAUUUUCGUUAGGAUUUUUACUAGCUAGGGUUUGAAAGCUGAUGAAUAUUUUAAUUAUUUGCUCAAACCUUCUUCCUUAUUUGUUUCAAUUUACCCUUUCCAGUUCCUGUUUUUAUGCUUUCAUCAUCCUCUUUUGUACAUAUGCAUAAAGAGCAAAAAGGAAAAAAGAAUUACAAUUUCAGCUCGAACAAAAUUGUACUCAUGGUAUUUUGAAUAUAGUUAGUGUGGAUGGAUUCUCCGGCGCCGGCCGGAAGAGUGGAUUAGUGUGUGUUGUGCGUGUUUUCUUCAUGAAUUCAUAAAUUGGACAAUGUUUAUGGUACGUACCAUGUCCCCACCAGCCAAUAAAAGCAUUAUUAC